AUGCCACAGGUGUACGCACAUGGUUGCGUUUUGCAGUUUGCAGCCAUGUUCAAGAUCACAGGUCAGUCAACCACUUACCCGGUUAUCUCCGAAAACAUUUUGGUUUACUUCGUCACACAUUGUGCCACAUAUUUGCAUCUAAAAUUCAGCACCAUCAAGGUUUACCUUGCAGGAAUUCGCAAUCAUUAUCUACUUGGCAGUCACUCAAAUCCGCUCGUUACUAGCCAAGGUUUGAAUCUACUUCGCCUCCAAUACGUAUUGCGAGGUAUUCGCCGUUUGCAAGGCUCUGCUACACGCCCAAGGCUGCCAAUCACCUUUGACCUGUUAAAACGCCUGUGUUUGCUACUCCGUUCAGGCGUAUAUGGGCCCUACUUUGACCUAUUGUUGGAAGCUGCUUUUCUGUUGGCAUUUUUCGGAUUCCUACAAUGUAGCGAAUUUACCUCGUUAUCACAGUCUUUCAACCCACAAGUCGGUCUCUGCGUUAAGGACAUUAAGACGCUAGGUAACUCACGCUCAGUCGAUGCCCUGGUUGUGACCAUUAAAUCAUCAAAAACUGACCAGUUCCGACGUGGAUUUGAACUUAGACUCUAUCCUACUGGCUCUGCCUUUUGUCCAGUUUCUUCCCUACAUCGCUUCCUUUUAGUUCGCCACAAGAUGGGGGCAGCACCACACAAACCACUAUUCAUGCUUCCUGAAAGAGUACCACUCGACCGUGCCCACUUCACCAACUCGCUUCGGUUUCUUCUCACUAGACUUGGCUUCAAAGCUCACCUCUUCGCAGGACACUCUUUUCGCAUUGGAGCGGCCACUACUGCAGCGAGUGUGCAUCUUCCAGACCACCUUAUUCAAACAAUGGGCAGAUGGUCGAGCAACUGCUACCGCACAUACAUCAGAACACCGGAACAGUUGCUCCAGUCAGCUUUUAAGACACUUGCUUCUGUCUGA